AUGAACCGCCUGUUUGGUGCAAAGAGCACGGCGCCCAAGCCGACGCUCAACCAGGCCAUCUCCACUGUCGACACGCGCAUCGAAUCUCUCGACGUCAAACUCGCCAAGCUCAACGCAGAGCUGACUGCGUACCAGCAGAAGCUGGGCAAGAUGCGCGACGGCCCGGGCAAGACGACCAUGAAGCAAAAGGCGCUCAAGGUGCUCCAGCAGCGCAAAAUGUACGAGUCGCAGCGGGACCAGCUCCAGCAGCAGUCGUGGAACAUGGAGCAGGCCGGCAUGAUGCAGGACAACCUAAAGAACACCAUGACCACGGUCGACGCGAUGAAGACAACCACCAAAGAGCUGCGCAAGCAGUACGGCAAGGUCGACAUUGACAAGAUUGAGAAGCUGCAGGACGAGAUGGCCGAUUUGAUGGACAUGGGCAACGACAUACAGGAGAGCAUCAGUCGCAGCUACGACGUGCCAGAAGACGUUGACGAGGCAGAACUAGACGCAGAGCUGGAGGCGCUAGGUGAGGAGGUGGAGUUCGAGGGGCCGGUUGGCGAGUCGUCUGGCGUUCCCGGCUUCCUGGCCGAAGAGCCGCCAUCCUUCAUCGACAACCCCCCCGAGCACAACAAGGCACUAAAGGAGGCGGCUGGCUGA